CAGGCACUAAACAUGCAUGUUUGGUGUCUAUAUAAACAAUCCAAAACGUUCUGAUUAGGCAGUAUCAACAAGCAAUCUCGUUGGUUAUCUUUCUCAAUCUCUGCAAUCUUUCUCUAGCAAUACUGGUCUACAUAAAAAGUGUUUCAAGGGUGAAUUGUCAGAAUUUGUUGGUUGCCAAUUCACAAAGGCUUGUUGUAUCCUGGAAGCGGUUUGCAUUCGAUCCUAUCAACAAACUCUUAACGAGUAUGAGCAAAUAAUGCUUUAAAGAUAGCGUACUAACGCGCCUAUUACUGUCGUUUCCAUUCCAUUGCAGGCACUAUUCUCCAACAAUUUUAAAGCGUUAUUUCGCAAUGGAAGAGACACAUAUGGCUUCAUUCAAGAUUAUGAAUCAAGACUUUGUUCGUUUGGAUCGGUUUGAUGGAACAAACUUUACUCGUUGGCAAGACAAGAUGAAAUUUCUUCUCACUACAUUGAAAGUAUUCUACAUUCUUAGUGCUGAACCUUUACCAGCACCUACUGAAAAGGAUACCGAAGAACAGAAAACGGAAAGAAAAAAGCGAGAGGAAGAUGAACUGAUUUGUCGUGGCCACAUUCUCAAUGCUCUUUCAGAUCGCUUAUAUGAUUUGUACACUCAUACCCAAUCAGCAAAAGUCAUAUGGGAGGCUCUUGAAACUAAGUAUAAAGCGGAAGAAGAAGAUUAUUUUAAAAGGAAUGUCUUCAUCUCAAGAAGCUCCAAAAGGAAGCCAACAUGACAGAUGAGGUAGUGGCCAUGAUUACUGAAAUCAAUAUGGCAACGACUACACAAUCUGGAUGGUGGUUUGACAACGGUGCCACAGUACAUGUGUGUAACGACAGAUCCUUGUUCAAAACUUGUGAAAAUACUGAUGGAAAGGAAGUGCAAAUGGGAGAUGAUAGUCGUGCAAAGGUGGCAGGCAAAGGAAGUGUUGAAUUAUUCUUCACUUCUGGAAAGAAAAUGACUCUCAUGAAUGUUCUUCAUGUACCCAGUAUUAGAAAGAAUCUAGUUUCUGGCAAUCUGGUCGGAAAUCAAGGAAUUCGUUAUGUAUACGACUCCGGCAAACUAAUUCUUUCUAAGAAUGGCCAAUUUGUUGGCAAGGGGUAUGCUUGUGAUGGAAUGAUUAAAUUAAGUAUUAAUGAAAAUAAUCCUUCUCUUUUA